AUGCGUCUAACCAGCACUAGACACCAGAGUGAUUUUAAAGAGCGCGAAGGAGCUUUUUAUGAUCCUUCGUGGUCUCAACUUGCAGUGGCUUUUGGAACUUCAUACAGAGAAGCACGUCAAAUAGUUGCGUCUUCACCAUUCCAACAACAACUAGCAUCAACACAGAGACAAACACUACAACUAUCAACUCAAUCAGAGCCUGUCCGACGCAGCGGAAGAAUAGCAGAAAUGAAUAAGCGAAGUAAUGAACGUCCCUCAAAACCAUCGCUCGCCAACGCAUCGCCGAAUUAUUCAAACACUAAGAUAUGCCGAUGCGAGCAUUAUUGUUCCGAAACCACCACGUUGUCAAUAUAUUGCUCUUGA